AGAAGAAGAGAGGGGAGGGACUGAGGGAUGGAGAAGCUUUGGUCCAUCCCAGGAGCCCGGCCACCCUGAUCCUAGCUAAGGGACCUAGUAUUCUGGGGGAGGGGGUGGGUGUGACCCAGCAUAUAGUGAUUUGUUCCUCCUGUUUCUCUUUCCUCCAAAGGAGCGGCUCUCUACACCCCAAACCCUGCCCACUUCCUCAUUUCGGGGCAGUUUAAGGACAGAGUUCUCCCUUCCCCCAGUCUCCCAGGACACACAUUUACACCUACUAGGACCUGCCUUCUGAGGGCCUCUGGGUCACGCAAAGGCCCCGCUAUCUCAGGGAAUCCUCAUCAUCAAGAAUACAGCCAGGGUCUGACGUCUGGCUCCUAGACCCAACCACCAUGGAGGAACCCCUUCUAGGAAGUGAGACGCCAGACUAUGAGACCUUCCCGGAGAAGCCGGACCAGCAGCAAGAACAGGAUUAUAUCAGAACCCUGAAGAAUAAGAGGCUAUUCCUGGCCACCUUUGCAGCAGUGCUGGGAAAUUUCAGCUUUGGCUAUGCAAUGGUUUACACAUCCCCAGUCAUCCCAGCUCUUGAGAGAUCCCCCAACCCAGCUUUACGAAUGAAUAAGAUGCAGUCUUCCUGGUUUGGGUCCGUAUUCACCUUGGGAGCAGCUGCCGGUGGCCUCAGUGCCAUGGUGCUCAAUGAUCUCCUGGGCAGGAAGCUCAGCAUCAUGUUCUCUGCCGUGCCCUCAGUUAUUGGCUAUGCCCUCAUGGCUGGAGCUCAGGGCCUCUGGAUGCUCUUGCUGGGAAGGAUUCUGACUGGCUUCGCGGGAGGUCUCACAGCUGCCUGCAUCCCAGUUUAUGUAUCUGAGAUCUCCCACCCUGGAAUUCGAGGGACUCUGGGGGUCAUGCCCCAGAUCAUGGCUGUCUUUGGGUCACUCUUGCUCUAUGCUCUGGGCUUGAAGAUACCCUGGCGCUGGCUGGCAGUAGCUGGAGAAGUGCCCAUAUUCAUCAUGAUGGUUCUUCUGUGCUUUAUGCCCAACUCCCCCCGCUUCCUCCUCUCCCGGGGCAAGGAGGAGGAAGCUCUGGAAGCCCUGGCCUGGCUCCGAGGGAGGGACACAGACUUCCAGAGGGAAUUCCAACAGAUCAAGAACAGUGUCCAGAAACAGAGCAGUCGACUGUCCUGGUCCGAGUUACGGGACCCUUUCAUCUACAAACCCAUUGUCAUUGCUGUUCUGAUGCGAUUCCUGCAGCAGCUAACAGGGGUCACGCCUGUCCUGGUCUACCUACAAUCUAUCUUCCACAGCACGGCUGUCCUGCUGCCCCCAGAAGAGGAUGCAGCCAUCGUGGGGGCCAUGAGACUUGUCUCUGUGCUCAUCGCAGCUGUCACCAUGGACAGAGCAGGUCGGAAGAUUCUUCUCUUUGUCUCAGCAUCCAUCAUGUUUGCGGCAAACUUGGCCCUGGGGCUCUAUAUCCACUUGAAUCCACAGCAUCCAGCCCCCAACACCACCAUGGAUCUGACCCAUGUGGCCCUUGAGGGUUCAGGGUCAGGGAGCUACCUUAUGCUGGUGCCUCUCUUUGCUACCAUGCUCUUCAUCAUGGGCUAUGCCAUAGGCUGGGGUCCUAUCACGUGGCUUCUCAUGUCUGAAAUCCUCCCACUAAAGGCCCGAGGUGUGGCCUCAGGACUCUGUGUGCUGGUCAGCUGGCUCACAGCCUUCAUGCUCACUAAGUCUUUCCUGCUGGUGGAGAAUGCUUUUGGCCUUCAAGUGCCAUUUUACUUCUUUGCCGCUGUGUGCCUGGUGAAUCUGGUCUUCACAGGCUGUUGUGUGCCAGAAACCAGGCGCCGGUCCUUGGAACAAAUUGAAUCGUUCUUCAGGACAGGGAGAAGGUCCUUCCUGAGAUAGGAAGGUGCCUCGGGCUCCCGGGCUAAGAGGAGAGAUCAGGCUUUGGGGGACUGGGAGGUCCUCAGAGGAAGAGAUCAGGAGGUGAUGGCAACACCAGAUGGGAUCGAGAACAACCAAUACUUACUACAUUCUGACCAAGAAGUGGCUCCCAGGUCUGAGCCAUGAUUCCUGGUAUCUGCCUCCCACUACACACAGAGCAGAUUUGAAGAUGUGCCUCCAUCUCUACCUGGAAACCUCUAGAGUCUACAUUGCCCACAGACUGCUAGAUUCUGUGGGCCAAGCAAUCCUAGCCCAGGGAGAAGGCCAGAGAUAAGGGACUAGCACUUAUUAAUCAACUGGGAUCAAAGAAUCGAGAUCCCAGAGAGCACUGGACAAGGAGUGAUAAGAGCCAGGUCCUGAUCCUGGCUCUGCCACCAACCUCUCUCUCCCCAUUACCUUACCUGUUCAAUGGGCACCAUAAUUCCUACCCUGCCUGCUUUGUGGCAGUGAUAGUGAGGAUCAAACACAAUAAUGAAUUUGACUGCAUUUUGGAAACCAUGAAGCCCUGUCAUAACAUGAGAAAUCCUUGUUACUGACCGGUAUGUAUCUCUAGAGGAAUAUGGAUUCUGGGGAAUGGUGAAGCAAGGGCCUCCUCACCAAUGAAUGGUCAGUGGAUAUUGCCUGGGACAUUUCUCAAAAACCCUAGGCAGAAACUGCUCAGUACUCUCCUCCAAACAGGCCCUAUCAGCUGACAAUGGAGCAGUAGAACUCAAACCCAAGUUAGAUGGAAAGCUGGGACCUUAAAGGAGAAGAACAGGGAGUAUGGGAGCUGGGUAGUCCACAGCUGCUUUAGAAGAAAGAAUGAAAACACCCUCCUGCUUCUCAUAUUUCACACAAAAUUCCCCAAUAAGUCUAUGUCUAUAGCCAUUUGUAAAUGAAUAUGAAAUACUUUAUGUAUUAUUUUGGGGGGUGGGGGGUUGUCGCGGUGUCGAGUUGUCCCAAACCAUCCACAUUCACUUGCCCAGCUGCCUCAUGAUUAAUAAACUUUCAAGAUAAUUGGCUGGAAUCAGGGUUCAAUCUGUAGUGACAGAAUAGAGCAAGCCACCUUUAACUAUUACCACCACCAUCACUUACUAAGUAAAAGUCCAGGAUGAUCUUUUCCCCACCUCUGGAAAAUAGAGUUGGACUAGAUAAUCCCCAAGAUCACUUCCGGUCCUGACAUGCUAUGAUUCAGGAAGAGCAAAGAACUUGAUCUCUUAUAAAGAAUUCCAUAACUAGCUGAGUUGCCCAUUUUCCAUGAAAUGAAAACCCAAACAGAACUUUUCAGAGGGCACAGGUCAAAUCACUGGAGAAAUCUGGGUUCCCCACAGAAAGCCUCAUGCCAGCUCAGGCCCAGUUCACAGCACCUGUCAGACUUGGAAGGACAAUGAUGGGCUAUCUUCUUCCAUCUGGCUCUGGCCUAGCCAACUUUGCCCUCAUGACAUGAGUGGUCUAGUUUGGAAACCUUUCCUCACUUAGCCUUAAUUUCACUGUCAGAGAUGGUUCUUCACCCCUGCCCCAGGACAGCUAGGCUUUGGCAAAAUUGUGAAGCUUCCUCAGUAGUCUAGAAAAAGAUUUGAGGGGGGGGUGGGGUGAAAAAGGAAUGGUGGAAGCUGAGGAUUCAACCACUGGUUCCAAAUAUCUGAAGAGGUUUUCAAUUUGUUAGAGAGGAAGAGCUAGACUGAAUUACCAGGAGAUAGGUUUAGAGCUCAACAUAAGAAUGAACUUUUUUUUUAGUGAGGCAAUUGGGGUUAAGUGACUUGCCCAGGGUCACACAGCUAGUAAGUGUUAAGUGUCU